UUGAGUCAUAUGUUGACAAUCGUAGCUUCCCGAAAAGAAAUCAGUCUGUUUUUCUUUUGAUAAACAGUUCCUUUUUCGAAAACAUAAAAAGAAUGGUGGGCGCAAUGCCUGUUAAUUUAAUACCAAAAUUUUUCAAUGGUGCCAUGGAGAGCCAUAAUGGUGACGAUUGUGAGAGUCAAGUUUUUAUCGGCAGUCGUGUAAAGUGUAAUGAAGAUUUCGGUACUGUAAAAUAUAUUGGGGAGGUCCAGGGCUACAAAGGGAUCUGGUAUGGGGUUGAGUGGGACAACGCUGAGCGAGGAAAACAUGACGGUUUCGUGGAAGACGUGCAAUACUUCAAAACAACGAAACCUGGGGCUGGUUCCUUUGUACGCCCCAACAAAAUCGCACCAUUCACAACCUGCGCUGAAGCUAUCAGGAGAUACUACGGCGAUCGGGAGGAUGAGACAGUCGCAGCUCACCGUAGAACAGUCAUCAAUGAAUGGAAACGUGAAAUGGGUGCUCCGUUCAUUGAAAUGGUCGGCUUUGAGAAGAUACAUCAGAAACAGAAAUUUGAUCGUCUCCAAGAGGUUUGUGUCCACGACCAGAACAUAUCCAGGGCUGGUGAUGUAGCAGCUCUGUGCCCUAACGUUCGAAGCCUGGAUGUCUCCCAGAACCUGUUUUCAAACUGGCGGGAGAUCAUUGAAUUAUCAGCACAACUGCCAUUGAAAGAAAUUGAUGUGAGUAAGAAUCGCAUGGCAAUCGAUAUACCUGAAGAAACACUGGAACAGCUCUCAAUACACUUUGCUAGCCUGGAGAAGAUAAACAUCUCGGUCUGUGAUUAUGAAUGGUCGGAUGUACUCGCACUCUCCCAUCUCUGGCCUAAAAUCAAUGAGAUCAUAGCAGCCUACAACAGAAUCACCAUCAUUAACCCACCGGCAGUGACCCUACGGACAUUAACAAUCCUCAGGCUGGACGGCAACCCCAUAGAAUCAUGGUGUGAGGUCAUUAACCUGGGCCUCAAAAACCUCAAAGUAUUAAGCCUGAACGACUGUCGUAUAGAGGAAAUCAGAUUUAAAGAUACGAAACCGGAUGCUAAGGCUAGUGUAUUUGAGAAUUUAGAAGUGCUGUUUUUAAACAGGAAUAAAAUCAAAGAUUGGAGGUCAAUAAGUGAGCUGAAUAAAUUGAAAUCUCUAAAGAAACUUUAUUUCUUGAAAAAUCCUAUCCAAUACGAAGAAGACUAUGAUACCGGAUCUCAACUAAUUAUAGCCAAAAUUGGUAAUCUUCAGGAAUUGAAUGGUUCAUGCAUAACUCGAGAACUACGUCGGGGCUCAGAAUAUGACUACAUGAAGAGAUAUGGGGCCGAGUGGAAGAAAGGGGAUGAACAGUUCCACUUUGAGCACUGUAGAUUCCAAGAACUGAUUGAUAAAUAUGGUGUCCCAGACGACAGUCUGCUGGUAAAACAAAAUAAAGACACGACUCUCACAUCACAACUAUUAGAAAUAACGAUCAAAGAUGAAAACGGCAAGAUCCUCAAGAAGAAAUUCCCAUCUACCAUGGCGGUACAGAAACUGGUAACACUGGCACAGAGAUUAUUUUCUAAAGGAAAAAUCGGAACACCCUUUCUAUAUAUACAGGAUGAUCAGAUGCACUCGGAUGUCAUCAUGGAUAAUGUGAUGAAAGACCUAGCGUUCUUCUCCAUUAAAAAUGGCGACACAAUAUUGGUUAAAUUCAGAUAAUCAUUGAUCGAAAAUCUAACUGAGUACAGCAUUGCAGACAUAAAUAUAAACAUUGAUUAAUUGUACCUGUAUUUAUUUUGAAAAUUUGUUUUGAAAAAAUAAAUGUCCACUAUGUAUUUUUA